AUGGCCAGUUUAGAACAUAAAAUACACAAUAUUGCUGAAAUCAUCAACCAAUGUAGUGUAAUUGGAAGUGGUACUCCUACUCGAUACCAUCUGAAACUGAGGGAAGACCUUCCCAAUGAAUAUAGGCCAUAUAGAAAAUGUACCUUUGGUGAAAGAAACAAAGACAAACCCCAUAAAACCAUUCUGAUGGUUGGAGAAACAGGAACAGGAAAAACAACCCUGAUCAAUGUGAUAAUCAACUACAUGUUGGGUGUUCAGAGAGAAGACAAGGUUUGGUUUGAGAUCACAGAUGAUCAGAGUGACCGAACAUCAGUUCACAGUCAGACCUCCAGUAUCACUGUUUAUGGGUUUUAUCCACAAGAGAGUCCAAUCCAUUUAACAAUUGUCGACACUCCAGGAUAUGGAGACACACGGAGUAUUGAAAUGGAUAAAGAGAUCGCCUUGAGUUUGUGUAGCUUAAUAAAAUCUGCAGAAGAGGUUCAUGAAAUACAUGCAGUGUGUCUGGUGGUUAAAGCAACCCAAAAUCGACUCUCUGACAGACAAAUAUACAUAUUUGAUGCUGUUCAGUCUUUAUUUGGAAGAGAUAUUGCUGAAAACAUUGUCUUGCUCUUCACAUACUCAUCUGGAACUUACCCUAAAGAUGCCCUGACAGCCAUCACAGAGGCUAAAAUCAAGUGUGCAGUGAAUCACAAGAAUCAGCCAGUGUUUUUCCUGUUUGACAACUGCCAAGUUCAGACCCCUGAUGAAAAAUAUGAUGAAGAAUAUGCUGAAGUUCAUGAACAGGCACUGGAACAAUCAUGGAAUCGCAGUAUUCGAGGGGGGGCAAUAUUUUUCAAGUUUCUUGAGAGUGUAAAAUCAAAAUCCCUGAAGAUGACUCAAGAUGUUUUGCAGAAACAAAAGCAGUGGCAUGCAAACAUCUGCAAUUUACAAUUACGUGUUAAAGUGAUAGACAAAAAGCAAAAUGAGCUGAAACAAACUCAAGAAGCUCUUGAGCAGAACAAGGAAUAUGUCAAAAACAAUGAAAACCUUGAGUAUGAAGUUGAUAUGGUCUACAAAGACAAGGUGGAUAUUGAUCCUUCUGUAGCCAAAGCAGCAAUGUGCUGCACCGUCUGUGAGGAAAACUGUCAUUGCCCAGGAUGCUGGUGGGCCAAAAAUCUAUCAUGGUGCAGCAUGAUGAAAAAUAAUCACUGUACAGUGUGCACAAAUAAAUGUCACUACAGCACACACGUCAAAGAAGCAAAAAUAUAUGAAACAAAGAAAGAGAAGAGAACAUAUGAAGAGUUAAAGAAAAAAUAUGAAGACAAAAUUAGGGAUGGCGAGUCUGUGGUCAAGAAGCUGGAAGAAGAACUGCAGGAAUUACAGAUGGAGAAAGUAAAGCUGGUAAUGGAAGCUUUUCACUGUGUGGAAACUCUGCAGAUUAUUGCACUCAAUGUUGAAUCUCUGAUCACACUUCAGCACAUUGAUUUUCUGAUUGAGAAGUUGAAAGAAAUCAAAGAACCUGAAAAAGCCAAAACACUGGAAAACAUCAAGAAAACAGCAGGAGGGAAAAAAAGGAUCUCCAGGUUACAUAAAAGAGUUUCUAAAAAAUGUUAAUACAACGGGAGUGAAAGUGAUAGAAGAGGAGAACCAGAUCGGGAAAAGAUCAACUCGGGUCAGUUUAUGUCAGGGGCUGCCCUCAAGGCAAUGGCUCCACUGCAUAGUCCUUUUCUUGAUGCAAUAGUUCACCCCAAAAUGAAAAUGCAUAAAGAUUGGAAUUGCAUUAUUGUAAGUAAAUGAUGACAGAAUUCUCUUUGGUGAACUUUCCCUUUAUGUGUAAAGAGUGUUAGUCACGUUGAAGUACACUCACAGGAAAUCUGAAAUAUGAUCCUGAAAUUGUG